UCAAACCAUAAAUUUUAAACCACUCAUCUCCCCACGCCCYGGCCGGGUUCUGCUCUUGGCAAAGGUUCCUCCAGCAGCUCAUCCGUGUGGCAAACGUGUCCUGCAGUUUGGGCUAUCCUAGCAACUCGRCAGUGAUCAGCAGUGGCCUGAGUUGGCAACCCAAAUAUUCCAAAGCAAGCCUGGUUAAAGUUUAAUCCCCUGUCACAGUGAUGAUGUGGCAGCAGGAGCUGCGUGUCAGGAGUCGUCCCGCGCCCGGGAGCGAGGUGGGAGCUCUCUGGGAGUAUGGGAUGAGCCAAGCCGACCUCGUCGGGGGCUGGAGGGAGGAUUUUCCACCAUGAGCGGGUUCCCAAACUGCUCUGCCAACUACACCAACAUCUGGAGCCAUUACCUGGUGCUYGCUCUGGGCAUCCCUCAGCUGACCAUCAACGUGGCCUCCGUCAUCUUCAACUGCACCGUCAUCUUCACCCGCCUGGCCACCAGGGACCUGCACAAGCCCAUCUCCAUCCUCUUCUGCAACCUGGCUGUSUCUGACCUCUUCACCAGCUUCUCAGGCUUUUGGAUUUCACUGCUGUUCAUCACCAACCCCGACAUCACCAUCUUUGGCUCCGAGGACAUGCUGGCUCCGUAUGCCCUGUACACCACGUCCAUCUUAUCCACCAUCUACAACCUGGUGAGCAUCGGCAUCGAGCGCUACCUGGCCGUGGCYGAGAGCAUCAGGACGAGGUUCAGGGUGGCCAGGAACCACUCCAUCGCYGUGGUUUUCAUCAACUGGGUGCUGGCUUUCUUCCUGGGCUGCCUGCCCUUGAUGGGCUGGAACUGCCUGAAUGCAGAGCGGAGCGUCUCCGUCCUCUACAGCCCCUUCUGCGUCAACUACCUCGUGUUCAUCGCCAUCCCCAACGUGGCCGUGGCUUUCRUCGUGCCCCUCUUCACCUACCUGCGGAUCAUCAUCAUCCUGAGGAGGAGGAAGCAGAGGAUGAAGGCGUGUGGCCAAGCCACGGGCACCUACAAGUCGGCAGAGACGCAGGUGGCUCGGACCAGCAUCUCCAUCUGGCUGCUGGCCCUGGUGUCCUACGCGCCCUUCUUCGCCGGCGUCAUCUUCGACGCCAGCACGCAGCGCUGCCACGCCGAGCUCUACCCCGGGGUCUACAUCUUCCGCAACUGCACGGCCAUGCUGAUCACCAUCACCUGCCUGGGAGAAUCAGAAGAGCUGAGGGAUUUGCUGCUGAACCCUCACCUCCGGCAGCUGCUGCUCACCAUCGACCAGGCCCAGGACAAAAGCUCCCUCAUGAGGAAAUUCAUGCAGGAGCCUCUGUUUGUGGAGUUUGCAGACUGCUGCCUGGGAAUUGUGGAGCCUCCCGAGAAGGAGAACAUUCUUCCCGAGUGA